AUGUUAUUAAAUGUGGCCCAUAAAGUAGCAAUGUCCAAUGGGUACCCAGCUGGAGAUGGUGCUACCCGACAAGCACGGUAUCCCUCUCGAAGACCCAACGUAGUGGAUGGCCCAGAGAAGAUCCCUUCCUGUUUACCUUAUAUAUCUGAUGAUAUGAGCAGAGCAGUACGGGGCUGUCUACGAAAAGCGGGUCUAAGAAAUGACGUGAGGGUUGUGGAAAUACCUCCAGCAAACCUCAAGGGUCAGCUGGUACGUAACCGUGUAUAUGAUCGACUCUGCACAACUCCCAGCUGCGUGGUUUGCCUCUAUGGCAGAGAGGGUGAUUGCAUGAUAUCGGGAGUGGUGUAUCGUAUCACGUGCAGGUUGUGCGGUGACGAUUAUAUAGGGGAAACGGGACGUCCACUGUGUAUUAGGGUCAAGGAGCAUCUAGAUGGACUCGCAAAAUCUAAAACCUUCACCCCACUUGGAGCACACCGUAGAAUAUGUCAUCCAAACUCCGAAGUAGAGGUAGAAGUUCGUAUAUUAUCCUACGAGUCCGAAAUCACAGCACGCAGAACGCUAGAGGCCUUUUGGAUAACCGCCAAAAGUCCAAAAAUGAACAAGAAGGAUGAGUGCAUUGCGAUCACAAACGAGUUAUCCCCGUAUCAAGACCUAUGCGGGUUUUGA